AUGGUGAUAUCUUUGGGAAUUUUGAUGAUAGGAAUAAUGCUAAGCUCAAUAGUUAUAUUUUCUCUGAUGAAAUUUUUUCAUAAGUUUUGGUGGGUUCCAAUGCGCAUAGCCUAUGUGAUGAGAUCGCAAGGAAUAAGGGGCCCUCCUCAUAGCUUCAUACAUGGAAAUAAAAAUGAGAUUUCUAUCAUGAGAAGCAGGUCGAUGAACUUGCCUAUGGAUAUAUCACAUCACAUAUUUCCACGGAUUCAACCUCAUUUCGAUUCUUGGUUCCAAUUAUAUGGAAAGAAUUUUGUUUAUUGGGUUGGUCCUCAAGCCGAAUUAGUUGUCACAGAACCAGAGUUCCUCAAGGAAUGUAUGAGUAACCGAGAGAUUUCGAUGGGGAUACUAGAUAUAGAUCCUAUUUCUUUGAAGAUAAUUGGAGGAGGAGGUAUAGUUUUAUCUGAAGGUGACAAGUGGGCUAAUCAACGAAAAAUAGCAAAUCAUGCUUUCCAUGCUGAAAGGUUGAAAAACAUGGUUCCGGUAAUGAUAGAAAGUGUUGCCAUUAUGCUUAAACGAUGGCAAGAUGCCGGCGACAAAGAGGUGGAUGUCCUUGACGAGUUUAGAAUAUUGUCAUCAGACGUCAUUUCUAGGACCGCCUUUGGUAGCAGCUAUGAAGAGGGAAAGCAAGUUUUCCAAUUGCUCAGAGACUUAUUCGUAUUAGUUGGCAAAAACUUUUACAAAACCCAACUUCCUGGUUUGGGCAAGGUAUUCAAAAGUAAAGAAGAUGUGGAAUCUGACAAAAUGGAAGCUACCAUUCGAGAUCAAAUAAUGCAGAUUAUAACAAGUAAAGAGAAAACAUUAGUUUCAGGAGAGGAAGACAAAUCAAGUGAUGAUUAUCUUGGACUACUUUUAAAGGCAUAUCAUGAUGAAAUGGAUGGAAGUAGUUACAAGCUUUCCAUACAAGAUAUUAUUGAUGACUGCAAAACUAUUCACUUUGCGGCCCAUCAAACGACCACUCUUUUGCUCUCGUGGGCUACUCUUCUUCUUGGAGUCCACACGGAUUGGCAAGAAAAAGCACGAGACGAGGUACAGGAGGUAUUUGGUGAUGAUCAACAAAACCUAACUUCAGAAGGGAUAUCAAAACUCAAGAUAAUGGGGAUGAUAAUCAAUGAGACUCUAAGACUAUACCCUCCUGGAGUGUUUGUACACCGAAAAGUUUGGAGGCAAACAAAAGUUGGAAAUUAUGUUCUUCCUGCUAACAUAAAAUUGCAUAUACCCGUAUUAGCACUUCACCAUGACCCGAAAAUAUGGGGAGAAGAUGCACAUCUCUUUAAACCAGAAAGAUUCUCGGAAGGGAUUUCUAAAGCAACCAACAACAAUCCAGGAGCUUUCCUUCCUUUUGGUUAUGGACCUCGAUAUUGUGUGGGCUCAAAUUUUGUAAUGAAUGAAGCUAAAAUCACUCUCUCUAUGAUCUUACGCCGUUACAGAUUUGCUCAGUCCCCAAACUAUGUUCAUUCACCAGUUCAAGAGGUGAUGCUUCAACCAAAGUUCGGUGUCAAGAUAAUGAUUCAACCUCUGUAAUAUAUAGACAUAUAUUUAAGCCUUCGAUA